AUGGCUUCUUCUCUCUCUCCCCUCCCCCCUUUAAUUUCCCCUUCUCUACAAUUUUUUGUUUCUGGCUUGUGGUAUCCAUCUCUGGAAUAUAUUCUUCCGAAAGCUCGGUCGUUGGGAAAUUCCGUGUGUGUAGCUUUUUCUUGUUUUGGUGAGGGGGAAAAGUGUGGGGAGGGGGGGUAUAUGUGUAGGUAUUAAGGCUAGCUGUGAAACAUCCAAGAAGAAGGGGGUCCGUGCAGAGGGGGACUGUAUGAUGAUGGACCCGUUUGUGAGAUCACAUAGAGCAGAAGGGGAAAAAGGAAGAUGAUUUUGGCGCUGACGCGGUGGUGGGUACAGAAGAGGAGGGGCCAGAAAGAACUCGAGGUACACGCUUACCUGUACUGCCAAUUUUCAAUUUUGGAGGCUUUUUUCUUCCGUGUAUGUUUGUGUGGUUGAGGAACUCGGUUUCUCUCUUCGUCGGAUGCGCAUAAACAGGCACACCUGCUUUUAUGUAGCUAUCAAUUGAUCUUGGGUUUUCUCUCAUGUCGUGCAGUCAAGCUUUUCCUUUUUUUCUUUUUUUUUUUUUUGCGAGAUGAUUUUCUAUCCAGAAUGUAAAUAUUCUUAACGUGAAGACUGUUCUUACACACAGAUUCGCAAAGCCAAGGACGAUACAUCUUGGAGCGGAGGGGAGAAAAACAUCACCUCGGUUGAUCUUCUUCAAUUGCCUCUCUUCGUUUUCACACAUUGACAAAGUUUCAAAAUAGGCAUGCACACU